AUGUCUGUGUUGACUGCUGAACGGCUUGUGAAGCUCGCGUACAACUACCCCGCCCUCCACCUGACGUGGUACCUCCUCGCGUGCAUGGCGUUGACGGUGACGAACCAGCCGGCGGAAAUCCCCAAAGUGUUCCAUUUCGCCCUCCGCCAGCAGCUUUUGGAGUUCAACCCCAACGUCAAGGGGUUGCAGACCCACCCCCAGUUGAUCCAAUUGGCUCAAGAUCUGAUUUCGCUGGCGCAGAAGUUCGCCGAGAUGCUGGCGGUGGGAGUCAACUUGCCCGACGUGUUGAUCCCGUAUACGUUGCACGAUAAGCUCCCGCUUGCGUUUAAGUACAAGCUGGGCGACGACAUCUCGGCGUUGCAGCAGCUCAUCGCCGCCAAGUUCCGCGAGGUGGUGAUGAAGUCGCUGGCGUUGCUGGGGCUCCCCAAGUGUAUCAACGCGCUUAUGCUCCUUAAACUGGUGACGCCGACGUCGUUACGUCCCGUGCCCAAACCGGAGAGACCACCGAUUGUGCUCCCUGGCCACUUGGCGCUGAAUGACAUCGUCGGCGAGGACAUUGAAGGCACGGCGAUGAAAGAGACCUACAGCGUCGAGACCAUCGACGGGCCGAUCCUGGUCCUGCUGGUCAAUGCCGAACAGGUCCACCGCGACUUGAAACGGGGGCUGGACUUCUGGAACCUGGUGUAUUCUCCAAAAGUGAACCGCCGCAUCCGCAACCAGAUGUACAACGCCUACCCUGAUUUGUGGUACUACGCCUACCACCACGUGUACGCUCCGUUGUUGCUGUACACCGGUGUGUUGCUGGCUAAGGAAACGCUGAUGUGCGUGUGUGCCAACUUGAUCCCUCAGGACGUUAACCCUCAGCUUAAGGGCCACUUAAGAGGGGCAAUUAACGUCGGCGCCACUAAGCAGGAAAUGACCGAAUUAAGAGACCUUGUCUUCGACAUCUGCGACUGGGUCGGCGGCAACUGGUGGGCUGAGGGCCGCGACAGCGUCGCCAAGUUAUGA